UUUCAAUACUUUUCCCAAUUGCACGUUUUGACGACAGCGAGGUCGCAAAGUGUGAAGAAGUCGAGUUCUCACGUGCAUAGCUAGCUACCUCCCUCCCAAGAGAUCCAUCCACGUGCAUACAGUCAUGAGCCGACCGGCAUCCAUGCGUGACCGCCACGGCAGCGCGGCGAGUGUCCGUGAAUCUUACGCAUUCCGCCUUUCAAACGCCGACUUUACGGGUUACAUAUACCGAUUGAGCAAGAAGUGGAAGAGGCGUUUUGUGGUAUUGGAAGGGCGGGAGUUGUCGUACUACGGCAAUGAAACGGAGGCCAUGGAGCCGUCGACGCCGGCGAAGGGCCGCAUCGUCGUGUGUGCAGCGUACCACUGGGGCGAGGUCAACUGUGGGUUGAUAAUGGUGUCGGCGUCGGGCGACAUGUGGAAGUGCUACACGGAGAUGACGAACGCGUCCGAGAAGCUGCUCGUUCCAUUAACCCAGAUCUCAGAGGACUGCCGCGCGUUGGCGAUGAACAUGCCCACGACCAUGACGACGGGCGACAUGACAAGCGACGAGUUGAUGGGCAUCCGCCAAACAUGCAACCCCAAAGCCGUGGACGACUUCAAGUACAAGCAAAAUUGCGUGCCCUUCCGAGCCCAUCAAGACGUGAUGAAGGGAUGGGUCGAGAAGCGCGGCAGUCGGUUCCGCAGUUGGAAACGGCGGUUCUUUGUCCUUCGCGACAACAUCCUGGCGUACUACGACAUCAACUUGGAAGGCCAGCCGCAAAAGGGCGGCGACGUCGUGCUAUCCAUCGAGAACAGCACGGUCAAGCCCAACGGCCUCGAGUUCAAAAUGUCCAGCGGGCGCACGCUGGUCGGGUUCACAGAGGAAGCAAACGACCACGCGCGAUGGCUGUCACGUCAAUUUCAGCAUCCAUAGCCGACUCUCUCUUGAUGUAUAUAGUACGCACACAACGUGUCGUCGGGAUAGCACCGAGUCCUUAAGGGACGAUCAGUUGAAUAAUGUCAUUUCCUUGCCUUACAAA